GUUUUAACGACACCCGUCCAUGGGCUUCUUUUCAUUUUUCCCUAAAGUUAAACCUAAAUUAAACAUUCAUCCUCUUUACAAAUGACGACUGAAGUCUUCUUCCCACCACCAUCAUUAUUUCUUCUUCAAUCCAGCACCAACCCUAGCCACCUCCCUCAUCUCCGGCAUUUUGAGCUCUUAUGUUUGCUGCUACUGAAGCUUCGAUUUGAGUAAAUUUUUUAUUGAAAAUGUGUUCCGAUCUUUCUCCACCGCCCCUCUGUGUGAAAUCCUCCCGUACUUCAAGUUCUUCCGCCUCACAGAGCUUCGAUUUCUGUUAAUGGGUUUUGUCCCGAUUUUGAUUCCCAUGAGAAGACAUACAAGAGAUUUUGAUCUGGAUUCGUUAAAGAGCAGCUUACCAAAAGCUGUUUCUUCAGUGGAAUGGGCCAAUUCUGAAGAAAAAAGAAAGGUUCUAACCUUUGUGCGUCGCCGUCGAAACCCUAGAUGUCAUCUAUCAACGAAUGGGGAAGGCUUUGCUGUCAUUUCUACAUCCAGCGGAACAGCCAGAUCUACACUCAACCACUGGAUCGCCGUCAUCUUCGCCUCCUUAUACCCCGAUCUGAAACCACCGGGCCUCUUCUCAUUGUCAAAACUAAGGGGAAUGGGUGGUCCGGUAGGUGGUGGAUCAACAGGUCGUUAUUCAACAGGUGGUGGUCGGAUAGUUGGAGGUCCGACAGUUGGCCGUUCGGCAGUCGGAGGUCCGACAUGUGGUGCUCCAGCAGUGGUAGUGUGA